UGGAUAGGGUAAACAACCCAAACUCGGAACACAGACACUACACUAGUACAACGCUAGUAGUCGACGAGACUGAGCUUCUCGUCGCCGCCAACGCCGGACACAUUGACGAGCGACCAUGACGAACAAGCACAUCCGCAGCGCUCCAAUUCCGCCGUCGCCUAACCCACAGCAUGGCCCUAAGUUACCCAAGUUUUUACAGAAACAGAGCCGCGACCGGUCAAAGUCCAUGAUGGACACUCCAGCGAGCGACAGUGUUGCCAGUCUGGCAAGCUCAAGCUCUUCUAUUCGAACCUCCCAAAGCUCCUCCCCGAUGCCCCGAAAUCCUCAGAGCUCGGCAACGUCCCACUCAGACACCAAGGACGACAAUCCAACCAACCCGCCAGAACCCGACGACGAGCCUGAGGAUGCAUUCGACGAACCACCUGUGAUCGUCGAGCCUGCGGAUAUGCCACGAAUUCGCACGCGUGCAGAGCGCCCUCUCAGCGUGGUGUCUGACAUCCAACCGUCAAUAUCCAUGUACUCCCCCUCAUCGACAUCCCGCAUAUCCGAUCUCCCCACUCGUCUAUCUGGCUGGCUGUCACACACCUUCAGCAGCUCUUCAACUGACCUCUCCCUUCCAUCUCUCCUAUCCCAAUCUCACAUGGUCACACAGUCACCAAAGGGUAAAUCAAACCCGCUUUUGACUGCUGCCAAGCAUGGCAAAAGCCACCUCGACCGUGCAAUGCGCUUCAUUAGAGAUAGUGACGCCAUGCCCGAUAAGUGUCCUGAACCCAUCUGGCUACUCGGAGUGCAGCACUCAGGCUAUGAACCACCGCCCCCAACAACACCCGGCCGUCGUGCCUCGGUCGAGUCACGUCGCUCCCCCUCUCUCCGUUCCAAUACGUCUUCUUCGGCAACCGUCUCCCAGCUUUCUCAAUCACAGCCACCUUCAGCUAAGAAUCCGGCAGCCCACUGGCCUCCUGUGUUCUAUGCUGAUUUUACGUCUCGAAUAUGGCUGACGUAUCGCGAUCAAUUUCCGCCUAUCCGGGAUUCAACACUUGCUGCACUCGAUUCUGAUCUCGCCUCCGGCGUUCAGUCUAUUACACCAUGCAGUCCGCGUCCGAAGAGAUGGAAUUGGCCCGGCACAGGUGAAAAGGGGUGGACUAGCGACACGGGAUGGGGAUGUAUGCUGCGCACCGGCCAGACAUUGUUAGCGAAUUCCCUGCUACACCUCCAUCUGGGACGAGAUUGGAGGUGUCCACCAUGCCCCGUUCGUACCAAGGAUUAUGCAACUUACGUGCAGAUUAUAACCUGGUUCCUCGACACACCAUUGCCUCAAGCGCCAUUCAGCGUGCAUCGUAUCGCUCUCGCUGGAAAAGAUCUCGGGAAAGACGUCGGACAGUGGUUUGGACCUAGCACAGCCGCGGGUGCAAUCAAAACGCUUGUACAUGCCUUUCCAGAAGCGGGCCUCGGUGUUGCAGUCGCUGCCGACGGCGUAGUCUAUCAAACGGAUGUAUAUUCGGCCUCCAAUGUUCACUCACGCUCGCCACGGCGACUGGCGAGAUCAUCUUGGGGCGACCGUGCCGUACUGGUCUUGAUUGGUAUUCGUCUCGGUCUCAAAGGCGUCAACCCCAUCUACUAUGGAGCCAUCAAGGAGCUUUUCACGUUCCCACAGUCCGCCGGCAUCGCUGGGGGCCGUCCUUCGUCCUCAUACUACUUCUUGGGUUCCCAAGCCGAUAACCUCUUUUACCUUGACCCACAUCACACACGUCCAGCAGUGCCACUGCGUCCCGCUCCACCCUAUUCGUUGGACGAUUAUCCUGCCGUUCGCAGCCGAGAGACUACGCCAGACGACACGUCCGAAGGCCGCACGAAUCAACACUCUCCAAGGGCAUCAUCAUCAUCCUGUUCACAUCACCACCGUGCUCCAACCUCCCCAUCAUCCAUCAGGACCGGAUCGUCAACAUUCUCUUACCAUAUACCUCUUUCACCUUCCCCCUUACAGCACCAAGUUUCCACCUCUUCUGGAGCGUCCAGAUCGUCAUCGAUCUCAGCCUCCUCACAACAUGCUUCACACUGGCAGAAUUCGAAUAUAACAACAUCGCCUGGACUCACCGCCUCCGAUCUCGACCCCCGCGACCUUGGUAUGGAAGAAGAAGAUUUAGAUCCUGCUGCAGAGCAUCACGUGACCCAGUACAGUCCUGCAGAACUCCGCACCUUCCAUUGCGACCGGGUUCGCAAAAUGCCACUCAGUGGUCUUGAUCCGAGUAUGCUCCUCGGAUUUCUGUGCAAGGACGAGAACGAUUGGAUGGACUUGCGGAGGCGAAUCAACGAGCUCAACCAACAACACAAGACUAUAUUUACCAUCCAGGACGAGCCGCCGUCUUGGCCCUCAGACUCUGAUGAAUUUAUGGGCUUGGAAUCGAUCGAUGAGCCCGAAGACCUGGAUGUGGACCUCGAAGACGAGCCCGAUGACACAGGAGGCAGUGAUGACAAGCAACACAACGAUGACUUUUAUAACACUCGUUCAGUCUCUGUAUCUCCUGUGGACAGCAGCGUCAAAGGGGGGACGAAAGGUUCUGAAGCCGAUACGGAGGAGGACCCCAUUGGACCCAUUACCCCUGGGCCGAAUUCCACCUUUGAGGUUGACAAACAGGAAGAGGGACACGAAACAGGCUUGUCAAAGAACGAGGAUUUCGAAGAAAUUGAUGCGAACGAGGAAGAUGACGACGAAUGGGUGGACCCCUCGAUGCCAACGCCUCUGGCACAGCCACGGGAACGGCCGCACGCUCAACCGAUCAAACAAACCAAGUCGACUGGGUCGACUGGUAGCUCAGCCAGCAAAGACAAGGGGAAGAAGGGGAAGAAGAAGAAAACAGCCGUACCGUUGGUAAAGCCUCCAUCACCUCCCGUGAGAGUGGAAGAACAUUUCCCGUUCCCGCGGUCAUUGGAAGAAAGCUUCCACGACCAGGCCGAUGGAGUUGGGUUUGAAAAACGGAUGAAUAACGCUCGUGCAAGGGACGGCGGGCGAACUGAGAGUGGGGGCGUUAAAGCGGUAUUGACUGAGGAGGUGACGCCAAGGUAAUCGUCAUUUAUCGGGACGGACUACAAAGGGAGAGACGUCUCGUGCGGCCAAGGAUGGGUACACAUCACGUUCUAUUUCUUCUUCGGUGCUUUUCUUUUUUUACAUUUACAUUAUCUUGCCUCGUGCAGUUCUCAUUGAAUCGUCCCGGUCGUAUUCUCGCUCCCAUCAUCGUCUUCUCAACUGUAUGGAUGACCCUCGCUACUUAUA